GCGGGGACAGUGGCGUCCAGAUGCGGUCGGGGUGGCGCACGGCUCGCACCGCGCCUGAGAAGUGCAGCCGGAGCCGGUGAGAAGCGCAGGCAGCAGGGCCGGCGGGACACACGCGCCCGGUUUCCUCCGGGAGUCCCGUCGCUGGAUCAGCGCCCCGCCGAAUCACGGCAAAAUGAAGGACCGGCUUGCAGAACUUUUGGAGUUAUCCAGGAGCUAUGACCAGCAAUUCCCAGACGGGGACGAUGACUUUGACACUCCCCACGAGGAUAUCGUGUUCGAGACCGACCAUAUCCUGGAGUCCUUGUACCGGGUCAUCCAGGACAUCCAGGAUGAAAAUCAGUUGCUGAUGAUCGACGUGAAGCGCCUGGGGAGGCAGAACGUCCGCUUCCUCACGUCCAUGCGGCGCCUCAGCAGCAUCAAACGCGAUACCAACUCCAUCGCCAAAGCCAUCAAGACCCGCGGCGAGGGCAUCCACCAGAAGCUGCGCUCCAUGAAGGAGCUGAGCGAUCAGGCAGAGGUCCGGCACGGCUCGCACUCCGCGGUGGCACGCAUCUCGCAUGCACAAUACAGCGCGUUGACCCGUGCCUUCCAGCAGGCCAUGUAUGAGUACAACCAAGCCGAGAUGAAACAGCGCGACAACUGCAAGAUCCGCAUCCAACGGCAGCUGGAGAUCAUGGGCAAGGACGUGUCGGGCGAGCAGAUCGAGGACAUGUUCGAGCAGGGUAAGUGGGACGUGUUCUCCGAGAACCUGCUGGCCGACGUGAAGGGCGCACGGGCUGCGCUCAACGAGAUCGAGAGCCGCCACCGAGAGCUGCUGCGGCUGGAGGGUCGCAUCCGCGAUGUGCACGAGCUCUUCUUGCAGAUGGCUGUGCUGGUGGAGAAGCAGGCAGACACGCUGAACGUCAUCGAGCUCAACGUGCAGAAGACCCUCGACUACACCGGCGAGGCCAAGGCACAGGUGCGCAAGGCAGUGCAGUACAAGAAGAAGAACCCCUGCAGGACCAUCUGCUGCUUCUGCUGCCCCUGCGUCAACUAGCAGCUGGCUUGGGCCUUCACCACCUGUGCCACGAAGGCAGUGUGUUCAAGAUGCCAAUCAAAGGCACCCUGCACUGGCCCAAGAGAGAGGGUCCCGAUGCCUGCAGAAUUCAGAGGCUAAAGAAAGAAAGAUGGAGUUGGUGUGCAAGAUUCAGAACCCGGCACUUGCCUACAAGGAUGGAUGUUUUAGCAUCCUAUGGUUCGUUAAUGCAGACAGAUUACCACUGCAGUUGUGUGACGUCAUUAUAAGAUACCGAGCACUCAGCAUCUCAGGGAAGAACUAAUGUCAUUGCUAAGGUGUGUCUUGAAGACUAAAGGAGGAAGUGAAAUGAGCAUAUGCUAAUAAUAUGAGCACAUUAUCAAAAAUUCUCUUCCUUUACCUUCUCUGGGAAGUUCCUUGGUGCUGUUCGAUUUUGAGUGACAUUCACUUGGGUAUUUCUUAGUUCGGUUCAACUUCGAGUAGCUUUGACAUUGGGUAAACUGGAUUUCAUUCACUUCUGAUUAUUUAUGUUGUGUGAGCCCUGCCUACGUGGAAACUUUACCUCGGCUCUCUUCCCCCACUUAUUAAACUGCACUGAACACACACGACUUCCUGAUCUCUCACCUUUUAUAACUUCCACUGGUUUUAUAUAUAUAUAUACUCAUAUAUAUGAGUAAUUUUUCCAGAUAUUUUAAGCAGCGAAUACUGAGCAAGCACUCAAGUUGAACUUUUUUAAAUCACUCAUUUUAUGUAUUUUUCACAGAAAACAUUUAUUUAAAGUUUGUCCUUGUACUUAAUUUCAUAUGAAUAUAUGUGUAAAUGUAAACUAAUAUUCACUCAUUUGUGUACAUAAUGGCCAAUUGGGUUAGCACUGCUUUUGUAAAUUCUGUAUUUAAAUAAUAAGAACUUUUUUGUGAGUGUCAGUGUUGCCUUGAUUGUUCUGAGUGGAUUUCAUUUCUGUCUGCAUGGUCCACUUCGGGUCAAACUUUAUUUUGAACCACUGUGUGCUGUCAUUGGUGAAGAUGAGUGGGGAAAACACAUGACACAAUCAGAGCCACUAAAAUGAUGUUCUUGGAAAUCAUAAUUUAUCUUACUGUGAACCAUUCCUUAAAGACGUAAAAGCAGAGAGCCUUAAAGUGAAAUCUUUUUUUUCAAAUAAGUUUAAUAAACAUGACACUAUAUCUUUUUGUAUAUUUGUAUCUUGACCCAUUGAAGAUAGUUGGGUUUUUUUCAACUAUGGUUAAACUUUCCCUCCCUCUAAAUACAAUAUGUGUGCAUGAAGCUCUCAACAAAGGAAUUUUCGUCAGUAUGCCCCAAGUUACCAUUUUCAGGUUUUAGAGAUUUGUUUUCACUUGAAAACUUUAAGGUUAUGUUCAAGACCAUGGUCAUACCUCCUGUGUGUUAUCAAUUCUAAAUUCCUUCUAUACAUUAUUAAAUAUGUGAGUGAUUUUA